GCAAUUGUAAUAUUUUAAAAUGUUUUCGUGAUUUAUGAGUAAAUUUUGUUUGUAUUACUCUCUAGUUGGACACUUCUGUACUAUAUAAUGCUGUGAGAUGCGAUUUGUGAUCACAUUCAUACACAUCACAUAAUGGUAGUUUGCGUUCAUUGUGGACUAAAAGUUCAAACGCUAUAUCACAUUUAUGGUCGAAAAAGUUACUGCCUAGCAACUUGUACUCAUUGCGGUGAGAUAGCAGACAAAUACGUAGAAUGGGAGCUUCCAAUCGUGAUAAUCGGUCUAUUUCUCUUUAAGAUAGACAUAUACAGGCAUCUAGUAUACAACCGAUCAUCACGUCCAUUCCAGAAUGAUGCUACGCUGUCACACAAUAGAAGAGCAACUAUCUUAAAGCUUAUGCUGCUUUCAUUAUCAGUGGUACUUUUAGACAGUUUUUCUAUCAUUACAUCUUGUGCAUAUGUAACACAAAAGUGUACAUUGUGCGACAAAAGUACAAAGCUGAAGGAUCAGCGCAUGAUGGAAGAACUGUUGUCCUACUUCACAGAUGCUUCUGUACCAUACACUAAGGAGCAUUUCAUCCACGAUGAUAUUGAAACAUCACUUAAGCGUGAGUCAACUCUUAGCAUCUCUUCAUUAUUGAGUAAUAUGGCACGUAUCAUGUUUCAUUACUCAAAGUUGAAUCUCAUUGAGCGACAUGAAACUACUAAUGAAUGCUCUAGCCAUAUUAAUGAUAAUAGAAUAGGUAAACUUUACUUGAUAUUAUUACAAAACCCAACUCUAUACAACUGGAUUAAAUAUGGAAUCAAAGAUUGUCAGUAUAUCAGUGAAGUCGAGAUAAUGACACUUUCAAUUUGCAGGUUACUAGGAUACUACAUAUUUAUUUCAAUUUCGAGUAUAAUGGUUUCUAAAUGUCGCAGGGUGAAACAUAGAAAAGCAAAGGGACACAAGCACAUCCCAGAUGACAAUGAGAGUUCAAUUAUUAAUGUGACCUUUGCCCUACUAUUAAGCUUUCAUAUAAAGGCACUUGUUCUCAUGAUGAACAUUUGGCGCCCUAGAAUCACCAUACUUAUCGUAAUUGAACUGUACAUUUAUUUGAGUAAUGCAAUCGGAUUGAGAGCUACCUGUAAUAUAUCUAAUAUAACAGCACUUAUGAUGGUGUUUUUUGGCACAAUUUUCAAAUUGUGCAUAUAUUUCAUAUGGUCUAAAGUUUGCAAAAUGUACUUUUAA